ACAGGAAGCAGCGCGGUGUGUUUUUCAGUUGGUGGGGUAGCGAUCAGCAGCUAACUGCAACAAGAUGCAACUAGCCGUAUAGCAAGUGUUGUAGAGCUACACCAUACCGCACUGUAACGAUGGACAAGUCAGCAAAUUGACUCGCCAAAUAUGUUGUCCGACAUCAUUUCAGUAUUACUGUCGAGUAGAAAACGACACCGCGGGCGAAACACUAGCUAGAACAACAGCAAGCUGAAUAGUAUGCUGGACGUGGGGAAGUGGCCGGUGUUUGCACUCCUUCCUCCUGAGGAACUACGGCUUAUCCGGCAGGCUUGUGUCUUUGGCAGUGCUGCAAACGAAGCCCUCUAUGUCACAGUUAACGAUGAGGUCUUUGCUCUGGGAACCAACUGCAGCGGCUGUUUAGGGCUGGGAGACCUUCAAAGCACUAUUGAGCCUCGCAGGAUUGAUGUCUUAUGUGGAAAGAAGAUUGUGUCCCUAAGCUAUGGAACAGGACCACAUGUGGUUAUCGCAACCGCAGAUGGAGAAGUAUAUGCCUGGGGCCACAAUGGCUACAGCCAGCUGGGCAAUGGAACCACCAAUCACGGACUGACCCCCGCCCUGGUGUCCACAAACCUGCUUAGCAAGAGAGUGACCGAGGUGGCCUGUGGCUCCCACCACACUAUUACCCUCACCACUGAUGGAGAGGUCUACGCAUGGGGUUACAACAAUUCAGGCCAGGUCGGUUCGGGGUCGACAGCCAACCAGCCGACACCACGCCGGGUCAGCAGCUGCCUGCAGAGCAAAGUGGUUGUUAACAUAGCCUGUGGUCAGCUCUGCUCUAUGGCUGUGCUGGACAAUGGAGAGGUCUAUGGUUGGGGCUACAAUUGCAACGGACAGCUUGGUUUGGGCAACAAUGGAAACCAGCAGACCCCAUGCAGGAUCGCUGCUCUUCAAGGCAUCAAUAUUGUCCAGGUAGCCUGUGGAUAUGCACAUACGCUGGCACUUACAGAUGAGGGCUUCAUCUACGCCUGGGGAGCCAACUCAUACGGGCAGCUGGGAACAGGCAACAAGAGCAACCAGGCGCUCCCCACUCUAAUAAACACUGACAAAGAAAGGAUGGUGGAAGUAGCUGCAUGUCACACCAGCCACACGUCAGCGGCCAAGACCCAGAGCGGUCAGGUUCUGAUGUGGGGUCAGUGUCGGGGCCAGGCCGUGGCCAGCCCCCACCUCACCCAUUUCAGCAGCACCGACGACGUGUUUGCGUGCUUUGCCACACCGGCUGUCACGUGGCACCUCCUGUCUGUGGAGGGCGAUGACUACCUGACUGUAGCCCAGUCCUUGAAGAAAGAGUUUGACAGCCCUGAAAUUUCUGACCUGAAGUUCCUGGUUGAUGGGAAGUGCAUCCAUGUCCACAAAGCCCUGCUUAAGAUCAGGUGUGAGCAUUUCCGUGCUCUGCUGAAUGAAACCGACGAGGACGCCAUAGAAGUCCACCAGUUCUCCUACCUGGUGUACAGAGCCUUUCUGGAGUAUCUCUACACCGACACUAUUAACCUGCCACCAGAGGAUGCUAUUGGGCUGCUAGACUUGGCUACCUUCUACCGGGAGAACAGGCUGAAGAGGUUGUGCCAGGAAACCAUCAAAAGAGGCAUCUCUGAGGAGAACGCCAUCACGCUGCUCUCUGCCGCUGUCAAGUAUGAGGCACGGGACCUGGAGGAGUUCUGCUUCAAGUUUUGCGUCAACCACCUAACGGCCGUCACUCAGACCCAGGCCUUUGCAGACAUGGACCACGACCUGCUCAAGAACUUCAUUAGCAAAGCCAGCCGCUAUGGCGCCUUCAAGAAUUGACUGGAGCGCCCCGUUUAGAGGUGGAUCAAUAUGACGAGCUGCAUACAGUCAGCCUUAAACCAAAGUAAAGACCUCCUAAAAGCCUUGUCGCUGGCAAUGCUAACAGACGUGUCCGUGUUACUGCCCUCAACCUGUUACAAACAUAUUAGUUGCACACAGUUACACAACACAACUGUGCAAAGGCCAAAUGGAAAAAAAUGCCACGAUGGUCGUCUACAGCCGGUUUGGCUCCGCUGUUGCCUGGUCUGUCUGGACUUUUCUCCCAGGACCAAGCAGCUGAAGUGUCAUUGUAGAAGGGUUAGAUAAUGCGAGGUCAUGUCAGUCACACUGAUGAGGAAAUCAUCAGUGCGUAUAGUGUUAAUGUCAGUGGAGGCAGUCGGCCGUGAACUGACCCUGCACGUUGCACUGCUGAGGAGGAAACACAUGCAACUUUUAGAAACUGCAACUUGUUUUUUCUCUGAAUAAUGAAUGGUUUUGUAUCUGUCCUCCUGCAUUACUGGUAGUUGUUCAGCUGUGCUGUCCACUCAUGGAUCUGACCUGCAGCACAACCAGCUGAGGUCAGUUACACGGCUGGUGUUCACGUCACCUCCUUCAGAUGGAAGCAGCAUGUGGCUGGUUCUUGUCUAACCUGUCUGAAUGUUACACUAGACGAAACCAAUUGAAAUCUGUUUUGCAUUGAAAUUUGGAAUGUUUACAAAAGCGUGUUUAUUUUUUUUAUUAUGUUCGCAGCAAACUUGUGUUUUUUUUUACAGAUGUUUCUUUGUGUCUCGCCUGUUAGCACCUUAUUAUAAUAAAGUGUAAAGGCCAGCUGACUCAAUAGGCCCACAAGGUCCUUACACGAACUGUAGGUAGCAGAUAAGUCCACAUUAAAUCUGCCGUGUCUUACAAAGCGCUUUUAUUUUAUCAUGGCUAUUGUUGUAUUUUUGGGAAUAUUUUAAUAAUCAUUCAGUGUGUGUUUCUUUUUGUAAGUACUAUAAAUUGCUAAUUUAGCAUUUGAGAAGCGCAACAAAUAUUAAAAUGAAUAACUCAC